AUAGCGAAGCGUGGUGCUGACGGCCACACGCGCGAGACAGACAGUGGUGACAUUCGCCGCGGUGCCUCGCCCCGCUAAUCCGCGCUCCGGCCAAUGAGGCGCCGCCUGAUGGCGGCGACGGCGGCGUGGAGGGUCCGCGACGAAGACUCCCGGAGGCAGCCGCGGCGCCGCGGCCAUGAAGGCGAAGGAGCUGGCGGAGUGCGCGGCGCUCGGGCCGGGAUGGACGCGCGAGGAGGUGUACCGCAAGUCGGGCGCCUCGGCCGGCAAGACGGACGUCUACUACUACAGCCCCACGGGGGAGCGAUUCCGCAGCAAGCUGAAGCUCGUGGAGGCGACGGAAAAGGUCAUGGACCUCUCCAACUUCAACUUUCGCACAGGGACGAUGACGGGACCCUGGCACAACAGCCCCAACUACAGAAAGCGCCCUCUCACGCCGGAUGCCAAGCACAAGCAACCGAAGAAGUUAAAAGUUAUUGACUCACCCACCAAGCCGGUUCCGGCCCAAAAGCCCAGCUCCCCCAUCAAACGCGCGCCCGCCGUCAAACGCGCACACGCCGUCAAACACGCACACGCCGUCAAACACGCACACGCCGUCAAACACGCACACGCCGUCAAACACGCACACGCCGUCAAACACGCGCACGCCAAGCGCACACCCCCCGCCAAGCAGAAGCCCGCCAUCAAACGCACUCCCACCGGACAGCAAAACUCCAUCCGGAAAUAUACCUCUCCCAAGACACACACAACUGCUGCAGCCGAGUUGAGGAAGACGGAGCAUGGCGCUCAACACACCAACUCGCAGUCAGGUUUGGCCGUGAAGAAGGAGGUGGUGAAGCAGCCCUAUCAGGUGUUCACCAGGUUCUUCGUGCAGCCCAGGCUCGCCCGCAUCAUCGUGUUCAAGGAGGUGCCCAUCCUGGACAAGAUCAAACAGCUGUUUCAAGGCGGCCAGAUGGAGGGGAAGAGCACGGUGGACAUCGUCGGCGAGGUCAUCAAUGCCGUGCACAACCCCUGGUUAAUACAAGGCGUGAGCUCUGCUUCGUCUCUGGACUCGCUGCUCGUGGUCGUGAUCAACUCGCUGUGCUACUGCCGUCUCGCGGCGCCAGCGCGCCCGCCCUCGCAGGUCGGCGCGGCCCCACCCGGCCACUCCGGCCACCCUGACCACUGGCCCUUCGUCGUCACGGAGGACGACAUCAGGCAGCAGGAGGAGCGGGUGAAGCAGGCACGGCGCCGCCUGGAGCGGGCGCUCGUGGCCGACUCGUUCGCCGCCAUCACCGUGGCCGUCAACACCGUGGCCGUCAACACCGUGGCCGUCAACACCGCCACCGUCGCCGCCGCCCCGCUUCCCGCCGUGCCGGCCGGCGCUCUGGCCGUCCCCACGUUCGCUUACCCCGUGGUCUUAUCGGUCGCUCACCCGGUCGUCAACGUCAGCAACUGGACGGGCAAAGCCGCGGGCGCCACCGUCCCCACCACUCUCCCACGUUUGUCCGUCCUGCCGGCCGCCGCGCCCGUCGCGGCUCCCGUGGGCCUCCCCGGCGCUGCCACCUCCCGCGGUUCCUUGUCGUUGGCGCCCAUCGCCAAGACCCUGACGGUCGCCUCCGCGCUCCCUGGUGCCGCCGGUCACAGGGCAGAUCAAAUCAUCGUCCCCGUCACGCCGUGUCUCAUUUCUCAAGUCGCCGCCGUUUCUUCCGUGUCUUCUGCCAUCUUCCCUGCCGUGACCUUCACCUCCGCCAUGGUCACGCCGUCGAUCAACAACUGCAAGGAUUCUGCCUCCAAGGCGUAGGGAAGACACCGCCUGAGAAAUUCGGCGCACGCCAAGCGGCGAUGGAGCGGGGGGCUGGAGAGACGCGAAAGCGAGAAAAAGCCAUCGACUUACACACAAAGGACAAUUUUCUCCCUUUCCCUCCCCCCCCCCCCCCCCCAUUUUGGUCGGCAAUUUGCUCUAAAAUCGCCGGGUUCCUUCGCGACACCAGCAGGCGCCCACUCGCGCGCAUGCUGCGAUUUCCACCCAACCCUCGGGGGGGGGGGGGGGGGGGGGGGAAUCCUAGCGCCUGGCACAGCACCAGGAGACAGAGGGAGAGAAAGUUGCACCACCCACAGAUGCAGGAGGCCGUUGCAGUUUGCAACCUGCAUGCUGCCACUCGCAGGUAAUGCACAGGUGUCGGACAGGCAGACAGGCAGACAGGCAGACAGGCAUAAUGGAUAUGGAUCUAAAAAAAGACCCCUGUGCUUUAUUUCACGCCUACUUGAUGACUCAUGUUGGGUACCUCCUGAUGUCUCACA